AUGUUACAGAUAUUCUCAAGGAUCUUCAUUUUACUGCUUGGACUUUCAAUUCAUCAUUUAAAGGGAUCGAUGGCUAUACCAUCUUUUGCUUGUAACGAAGGAUUUGCGAUCAUCAAAGCCCCUGUGACUCAAGGACCCGUAAGUGCAGUUUGUAAGGUAGGAUAUCCUAAUACGAAAAAGUUUACAUGUAAUUGGGAAAGUUGUAUUACUGCCGAUAUCACUACUGUUCAAAUGUCUAAGUGUUUAUACAUUGGAUCUACAGAUAAAACUACAAGUGUUCAAUCGUGUUCUGAAUAUGAUUAUAAUCCAUCAAAGAAUAAUAUGAUUUGUUAUACUCUUGGUCAGAAAUCUUAUGCUUGCCCUUAUAAUCCUGCUAAUUCACCUCACUUUGUUUGUACUGAUUGCCAGCCGACGAAGUAA